AUGCGUCCCAGUGAGACUGAAGGGAGCUUCAGAGAAGCUUUUUCGAUGUCGAGUGUAAAGAGGAAAGCUCGUUCCAGUUCCAAAUACAGGUCAGCGUCUAGAAAGAAUCUUUUGGAAGAAAUGCCAAUUCAGAAAUCUGGCCAACCAAGUUUAGCAGAUGUUACUAACACCAAACCUGAUUUGAUGAGCAUAAAGAUGAUUCCAGAAGCUUUUGAUCUAUCUGGAGCCUCAUCUCAGUCUACAAAGCUAAUUGAUGAGGGCUGGAUACCAUCUUUAAGUGGUGCAAAGAAGAUGAAAAAUUUAUUAUCCAAAAGGAGCCGGGAAACUACAAUGGUGAGUAGUGUAGGAAACAGGAAGCAACUGCGCAAGAAAAACUCGUUGCAUCAGAUUCCUGGACAACGGUAUUGUCCAUCCACAGAAACUUGUAGGAAUUUCUGCAGAAACAAAGUUAGUUUUGACAGAUCUGACAGUUUUCGAAUCUUUAACUCGUUCAUUGAGAACUCGUUCAUCGAGCCAGAUAAAGAGGUGAAGAUCUCAGAACAAGAAGCUCAAACAGAUCAGAAGACAUGCCUUGACUGCUGCUUUAAUAAAACAGUUCAGGUUACUGGAGAUGUCUGUGUCACAUUCUAUGAAAAGAAUAUCGGGGGCCGUCUCUUCUAUGCUUGUUUCAAUACUGCUUUCAUCGAAAACAGCUCGCUACAGUUUUCCAUUUCGGAAUUGGAUAAAGUUGGAAACAAGGGCAAAUCAAUAGCGGGUCCCGAGUUCCGUGUGGAGUUGCUCUUUGGUCCCGCACCCUAGCCACUCGUCCCCAGCUCCAUCCGAUGGUAACGAUCCUAGCUGAAAUUCUGACCGUUGAUUUAGCCCUGGUUCGACAUUCUUCCUUUGAAUUUUUGAGGAGGGGAGUGCUGAUUUAUUAGGAAUGGCAGUACCUAGAUGUCAAGAAAAAAGCCAGAAAACAAUUCACCACAUCUUUAACUGAUUUAAGUUGUUUUGCAAUAUAUGAAAUUAAUUAACUUGAGUAUUUUGUUCAUAG